GUGCCCUGGUCACAGGAGGCUGCUUCGUGGAGUGGCUUCUAGCCCACACCUCCGGCUUCCAACCCAGAGGAAACGGACUGACUGGCAGGAGUGGAGGCAGCUACGGCCCUGGAGGGUGAGGGUGUGCAGAAGGGACACCGCGGGCGCCGGGGGUUUUCCACUAGACGGUGAGGUGUCGGUCCAGGUCACCCACUGUCACUGCGCCCUACGCCCAGAACCCGGGGGCCCGUAAACCCAAUCCCCGCCCGGUGGCUGCCACGGGGCGGGAGCAGCCCUUAGCGCCACUUGCCAGACCGUAGUAGCUUUGCCAGGACUGGCAAGGUCCUUGGAUUCGCGACGAGGUCCGCCUCCUCCCUCCCCUUCCCGCGCCGCCUCCGCCUCCUUCCUCUGCCUCCACCCUCACCCCUUCCCGUCGGUGCGGAGCUUGGCUCCAAGCAGCCCUCAGCCUGCCGCAGCUUGGAUGUGGGCUUGGGACAAGUGCUCUGCGCCUCCGCUCGACAUGGACAGCCGCUACACCAGCGCCACGGGCAUUGGGGAUUUGAACCAGCUGAGUGCAACCAUUCCGGCCACACGCGUGGAGGUGUCGGUGUCCUGCAGAAAUCUUCUUGAUAGAGACACAUUUUCUAAGUCUGAUCCAAUCUGUGUCUUAUAUACACAAGCAGUUGGAAACAAAGAAUGGAGAGAGUUUGGAAGAACUGAAGUGAUCGAUAAUACUUUGAAUCCCGAUUUUGUCAGGAAGUUCAUUCUGGACUAUUUCUUUGAAGAAAGAGAGAAUCUUCGCUUUGACUUGUAUGAUGUUGAUUCAAAGAGUCCCAAUUUAUCCAAACAUGACUUUCUGGGACAAGUGUUUUGUACAUUGGGGGAGAUUGUUGGUUCACAGGGAAGUCGUCUGGAAAAGCCAAUAGUAGGAAUUCCAGGCAGGAAAUGUGGAACAAUCAUAUUAACAGCAGAGGAACUAAACUGCUGCAGGGAUGCUGUCUUGAUGCAGUUUUGUGCUAACAAAUUGGAUAAGAAGGAUUUCUUUGGAAAGUCGGAUCCUUUCCUUGUGUUUUACCGCAGUAAUGAGGACGGGAGCUUUACAAUUUGCCACAAGACAGAAGUUGUCAAAAACACUCUAAAUCCGGUGUGGCAAGCCUUCAAGAUCUCGGUCAGAGCCCUGUGCAAUGGAGAUUAUGACAGAACAAUCAAAGUGGAAGUCUAUGACUGGGACCGAGAUGGGAGUCAUGAUUUCAUUGGGGAGUUUACAACAAGCUAUCGGGAACUUUCUAGAGGACAGUCACAAUUCAACGUCUAUGAGGUGGUGAAUCCCAAAAAGAAAGGAAAAAAGAAAAAAUACACUAAUUCAGGAACAGUAACCUUACUGUCUUUCUUAGUGGAAACAGAAGUCUCCUUCCUGGACUAUAUUAAAGGAGGAACACAGAUCAACUUCACGGUGGCUAUUGAUUUCACAGCAUCGAAUGGAAACCCUGCCCAGCCUACUUCUCUCCACUAUAUGAAUCCUUACCAACUGAACGCAUAUGGCAUGGCACUGAAGGCCGUAGGAGAAAUUGUUCAAGACUACGACAGCGAUAAGAUGUUCCCAGCCCUUGGUUUUGGUGCAAAGCUGCCUCCAGAUGGAAGGAUAUCUCAUGAGUUUGCCUUGAAUGGCAACCCUCAGAACCCUUACUGUGAUGGUAUUGAAGGGGUCAUGGAAGCUUAUUAUAGAAGUCUGAAAUCUGUGCAGCUGUAUGGGCCAACCAACUUUGCCCCCGUAAUAAACCACGUAGCAAGAUAUGCAUCCUCUGUAAAGGACGGCUCCCAGUAUUUCGUGCUCCUCAUUGUGACGGAUGGUGUGAUCUCAGAUAUGGCCCAAACUAAAGAAUCCAUAGUUAAUGCCUCGAAGCUUCCAAUGUCAAUAAUUAUAGUAGGUGUUGGACCUGCAGAAUUUGAUGCAAUGGUUGAAUUGGAUGGAGAUGACGUAAGAGUUUCCUCAAGAGGGAAAUAUGCUGAAAGAGACAUUGUUCAGUUUGUGCCAUUCAGGGAUUAUAUUGACAGAAGUGGAAACCACAUACUGAGCAUGGCUAGACUUGCCAAAGACGUCUUAGCUGAGAUCCCUGAGCAGUUCCUCUCCUACAUGAGAGCCAGAGGAAUCAAGCCAUCACCGGCGCCUCCGCCAUACACCCCACCCACACACGUGCUGCAGACGCAAAUAUGACCACGUGCAGACGCUGACGCUCACCACACAGUCAAUCAGAACUGCGGAGCCUCUCAUUUGCACCUGGUGCUCUGCUGGGAACCAGGGACCGAGACUCUUUCUCAGUUUGGUUGCAGCAGUCCUCGACGGUGUGCUUUCUUGGAUCCAAAACCAACUCUCUUCCUAAACCAAAACUGUAAAUAUGGUUGUUGCAUGAGCAACAGGAAAAUUGUUUAAAUGCUUGAAGCAAAGUAGAGAUGUCUUCUCUAAUUUUCAAAUAUUUUUUGUUUUGUUCUUGACAGAAUUAGCAAAUUUCCAAUGUAUUAUUGGGAAAAAGCACAAGCUACAUUUUUAACACAAAUAUUGUCCUUGACUGCCACAUAUAUAGGACAGCAGUCUCUGUGUCAAUGUUUACAUGUUACUACUUUUUAAAUUUCAAUACUUUUAUAACUGUUCUUAAGAAUAAGUUUUGAAUAUUGAAUCCUUUGUCUUCUAAAUUGCAAUAUCUAUACUCACAAGAGCAAUAUCUCUUUGAAUGACUGUCUGGACAGUCAUGGUAUGUAAAGGGAGAGAGGGAGGAGAAAGGAUCUAUUUAGCGGUUAAUAUCUGACCUCAGUUUUAGCCAAUUGUGAGAAUUUAAACUUAUAACCAGAUGUGACCCUGUAAGACCAGUAUUUUUCCUGGACUUUCGGUUUAAAUUUAGACUGCCGUCAAUUUGAUUCAUGAUGCUAAGUAAAAGCAACACAAAGGCGACUAUAGUGAACUGUAAAUGCACAGAUUUUACUUUGUAUCAAACUACCCUCCUUAUAAUGCUAAUUAAUGAGUGAAACCAAGAGUCUAACUCCGAACCAUGUAGCAGGUGUUUUGAAUUUUGUACUCAGUUGUAUCCGGUCUAGAUAUUUUAAUUCAAAGGGAUACUGGCUCUCUUGCUUGGGAUUUCUUUUUCUCACCGUUCCACUUUGCCACAUGGAUUGCACAGGCUGAAGUCUCUUGUGAAUUCUCAGUUCAACGUGUGACUUAGCACACAACACAUGUGUGAAAUGAACUUUUUCCUGUACUCUGACCUGCCUGUUUGUG